AUGGUCGUCAAAAAAAGGCUUGAAUCUAAUACCAAACCAAGGAUUGCAUUUGGAGAUUCAUACACCUACGUCCAAGGAACUCACGGACACCAGAACUACAGCUUCGUCGGGGAUGCUUUCGAUUUUGCCUUCGACGAGCAGACUCUACUCUCCAAUAAAAUCGUACAAAAUCAAACAGCAACAGCAGAAGGAGGCCCAAAUUGGGUCGAAUAUCUCACAAACUGCGGCGUCAAACCAGGCCUAACCUCACCCCGAACCUGCAAAAAGCAACUAUGGGAUUUUGCAUUCGCAGGCUCAGACAUUUCUACAGAAUACGAGAAACAAACCACAGCACCCCCCCUCCACCACAACUUCACCGUCUCCCUCGUAAACCAAACCCUCCAAUUCAAAGACUACGCCCACAACCCCUUAAGCAAAUUCCUCGCCCCUAAGGACUCCCUAAUAGCAAUAUGGAUCGGCAUAAACGACAUAAACGACAGUUCAAAAUACAGUGUCGACUUUCCAACCUUCUACAAAAACCUCACAACAACCCUCUUCACCUCCGUAAACGACCUAUACACCCUCGGCUACAGAUCCUUCCUCUUCAUGAACCUCCCCCCCUCUAGACCGAACACCAGGAAACCAAGCCUCGAGCUCGCCGCAUCCGAAUGCAACGCAGCGCGUCUAUUCGAGCAGGAGAAGAGCGGUGCUGAAGUGAGGGUCUUCGAUGCCCAUGCACAUUUGAGUGAGAUUUUGGACCAGCCUGCGAAGUAUGGGCUUGUUAAUACGACGGCGUUUUGCGCGGGUUAUGAUCAGCCGGAUAUUGGGGAGAAUUAUUUGAGUUAUGGGUGUCCGACGCCGUUGGAUACGUAUUUUUGGUUUAAUUCUGGACAUAUGACUAGCCAUGUGCACCGGAUUUUGGCGGAGAAGUUACAGGAAUGGUUACGAGGUUAG